AUGCCGCUAGACAUCACUCGCGUUGGACGCAAAUCCUAUGUGACGACAAGAGGGCUAGCCGAAGUUCUUGAAGCCGUGAAGAAACACGGAUUGCCAUCGACAACGUCCCGGUCAGACAUCAAACGCAAGAGAUCGGCACGCGCUAAUGUCAUGACUCCGUACGGACACGUGAUUCAGCAGUGGCGUUUGCAGACGGAAGACGGCGGGACCGUGGCAAUUGACUAUUGUCAUCCAGCAGCGCUUGUCUGGCAUCUUUGCAGCAGCAGCGAGCCGUUGCAAAACCUGUUGCUGGAACGCAUGGGUCUGGAGCCCUGCAGCCUCGCGGCGCCCUGGAGAGUAGUUUUCUACUCAGAUGAAAUAACGCCUGGAAACCAGCUGCGUUCGCGGAACCCCCGCAAACUCCAAGCCAUUUACUUCUCCUUCGCCAACCUGGGAUCGGCUGCUCUGGGAAAGGAGAAAUCGUGGUUUCUCCUCUGCGCCGUGCGCAGCAAGACUGUUCAGAGCUUGCAGUCGGGCAUGGGGCAGCUGUGCAGAGCCGCGAUGCUCAGCUUCCGCACCCACGGCGCAGACCUGAGCAGCGGCAUCCAGCUGUACUGCGGGGAGUCUCGUCCUGUCCUGUGUGCCCAGCUGGGCAUCCUGUUGUCCGACGAAAGCGCGUUGAAGUAUAUGGCAAACAACAAAGGGGCGUCGGGCAAGUUACCUUGCGUUCUAUGCCGAAACGUGAUUCAUAGAAGGUACAAGCCCGAGAAGAUGAGAGAACCACUGGUGACACACACAGACAUCAACUACGACCACUUCAUCUUGCACACUCAAAAGUCACUUGCUGAAACAGCGGAGUACUUGGAGACUCAGUCAAGAACCUUGAACAAGGGAGCCAUGCAGGAUCUGCAGACAAAGCUCGGCUUCAACCACGCACCUUUGGGCAUACUGGCUUCUUCGGGGUAUUUGGAAAUGUUAUAUGGCAUGGUUCGUAAAUAA